GUUUCUUACUGGAUCUCGAGCCAAACUCUACUCGCCGGGCCGCCCGAAGUCACACAACUUCGAUCCGCCUGCACCCUUGCUCAAUCAUGGAUCGACUCCUCGAUAACUAUUAUAAUUACAAACGAUACUUCGAGUCAUGCGAGUCGGGAUACGCAGCAAACUUCAAUACGUUAGAGCUACUCAUGGGGACCUUGCACCUUCAUCAUCUCGCUAGCAUCACCCGCUCGCUCGGCGACUGACAUCAUGACCAAUCGCACAUCUCGCUACAUCGACGUCGACACGUACCGCAUCUACUCGGUCGAAACGAUUCCCAACACCACGUCUACAUUACCUACCGUCGUCUUGAUCGCAGGCAUCGGGGCAACGACCGUCACCUGGUCCGCUGUACAACGGCUGAUCUCGCCAAAUCUCCGCACGUUCAGCUAUGAUCGACUUGGACUAGGCAAAAGCGAUGGGACUGACCUAGCUCGUCCAGCCGCACUGCUCGCCAAAGAGUUGAAAGACACGCUCGUCGCCGGCAACAUACCUUCCCCAUACCUCUUGGUGGCCCACUCCUAUGGCGGUAUUAUCGCCCGAGAAUUUCUUCAGGCCUACGACCACGAUGUUGCCGGACUCGUCUACAUCGAUGCCAACCAGGAGAACACGCACGUACGCCGAGAUUGGCCUAUUGAUGCAACCAUGCGAUGCAUCAAGACCAUGUUCACUACGGACGAUGCGACGGGUCUAGCCGAGGAUCAUCGCUUGACGGUGGACGAAUGGGGAAUGGUCAAGGAGGACGAACGUGUUGCAAGAGAACGUCGAGCAUCUGCCAAUCCUCCUCGCUCUUCGGAAGGUCUCGCCUACGUGUCUUCACUCGAAGCACUCGGCCUGCAUCGUCAACUCUACCGACAAGCUCUCGGUAACCGACCUAUCCAUAUCAUCGUUGCCAAUCUCGCUCGUGAUUUCAAAAGGCUUGCGGACGCUGGCAAGGCUGAAGGUCUCGGUUCAGAAGAAGACCACGAGAGGUUGCGAAAAUACUGUGAACGCCUUCCGGCAAUCGAGUUGGAACUGGCACGAGAGGUCACCCGGCUAUCGUCGACGUAUACGCUGGUAGUUGCUGAUCAUUCGGGCCACCUAGUACCUUAUUGGGAUCCCGACUUGUGCGUGCGGGAGAUCGAGAGAUGCAUCGAGAACUGGCAAUCGUUGGACAUGAGCGAGCGGGACUCGUCGAUGACCUGACGAAGUACAUGAAUGCGACCGCACCUAGCCGACAGUCCAGAUCCCGAUCUAACCUACGUGGGAACCUACGUGGGAACCCUCGAGCGAAGAGUCGUACUG